AUGGAAGGUGCAAACUGGUCUACUUACCCAAGCAUCCCAAAGACUGCCUCAAUCAACGGAUUUGCUGAUAGAAUCUACGAUCAAUUGCCAGCAUGUGCUCAACCAUGUGUUCGUGAAUCCACUGGUUCAACCCCUUGUCCAUACUGGGACACUGGUUGUUUGUGUAUCAUGCCCCAAUUUGCUGGUGCCAUUGGUAACUGUGUUGCUGAAAACUGUCAAGGGCAAAACGUUGUUCAAUUUGAGUCAUUGGCUACUUCAAUUUGCUCCUCUGCUGGUGUUUGGGAACCGUACUGGAUGCCACCAGCCUCAGUCACUACUGCAUUGAGUACUGCUGCCGCUGCCGCUGUCACUGCUGCUGAAACUACAACUGCUUCGACUCAAGAAGAAGACACUACAUCUGCUCCAGCUCCAACUUCUGCAUCAGAAACUACUGUUGCUGCCGAAUCUUCUGCUGGAGCUGCAGCUGAGACCUCUGCACCGGAAACUACUGUUGCUGCCGAAUCUUCUGCUCCAGCUGAACCAUCCGUAGCUGCUGGUGAGUCAUCAGCUGCUGAAUCAUCCGCCGAAGAGCAAACUUCCUCUUCUUCCGCCGCCCCAGCAGAGGGUGAAAGUGAAGGUGAAGGCGAAUCUGCAUCCGAGCAUUCUGUUGCUACUGUCAACGGUGGUGUUGUUCCAGGUGUUGCAAUGGGUGGUGUCAUUGCCGCUUUAGCUGCUAUGAUCUAG